ACAAUGAACACCUGGAAUUACACAAAAGAGUCAGACUUCAUCCUCAUGGGACUGACCGAUUCCAAAGAGAUACAACUAGUCCUUACUGUGCUGUUUGUCCUGAUAUACCUGGUCACUGUGCUGGGGAACGCAGGCAUGAUGCUGAUCAUCCAUCUAGAUGCUCAGCUUCACACUCCAAUGUACUUUUUCCUAAGUCAUUUGUCAUUCCUUGACCUCAGUUACUCAACUGUCAUCACACCUCAAACUUUACAGAAUCUGCUGACUUCCACAAAAAUCAUUUCCUUUAUUGGUUGUUUCACUCAGAUGUAUGCUUUUGUCCUCUUGUCUGCUGCUGAAUGUUUUCUUCUUGCUUCAAUGGCCUAUGAUAGAUAUGUGGCUAUUUGCAACCCCUUACAAUAUCCAGUUAUCAUGUCCACAAGAUUCUGUAGUACCCUUCUCACUGGUUCCUAUAUGAUUGGAACUAUGGAUUCCACUGUUAAUAUAUUUUGUAUGAACACCUUAUAUUUCUGCAGACCCAAGGUAAUUCAUCACUUUUUUUGUGACACAUCCCCAAUUUUAGCACUGUCUUGCAGUGAUACAAAUAACAUUCAAAUCAUUAUAUUCAUCUUUGCUGGUUCCACUCUAGUGGUGUCUCUUAUCACAAUAUCUGCAUCCUAUGUGUCUAUUCUCUCUACUAUUUUGAAAAUCAAUUCCUCUUCAGGAAAGCACAAAGCCUUCUCCACUUGUGCUUCUCAUCUUCUAGGAGUCACUGUGUUUUAUGGUACUUUGAUUUUUACUUACUUGAAACCAAGUAAUUCCUACUACUCGGGAAAGGAACAAGUGGCUUCUGUUUUCUAUACUAUUGUGAUCCCCAUGCUGAACCCACUCAUUUAUAGUCUCAGAAACAAAGAAGUGAAAAGUGCAAUCCAUAGAGUUAUCAAAAAGCAGAAAGGCUCAAGACUAAAAUUCAGAGUGGCACUAAGUGAUUAA